AUGCUUCCGCUAGACGAGAUUUCUUGCUUCACUAAGGAACAAGAAGAUCGCUAUUAUUGUAAGCUUGUAAGAAAGUGCUCCUCUGAUUCUGGCGCUCUCUUUGUUCGCCAGCAUUGUACCUACCACUCCGCUUCCGCUGCGGAAGCGAAGAAGCGCCGCGUGAAGCCUUCUGUUCGCUGUGCCUGUGAAGCGAGAAAUCUGUGUCUUUUCUUUUUCGAGGCUGACAAUGUUUUGCGAAGAGGUCCCAUGGCGAGGUUGAAGAGAAUGGACGAUGCCGUAUCUUCUUGUCGAAGCCCCGAUGUUGCCGUAUGGAAGCUGCUAAAUAACCAUCGAUGUUAA